UCUUGCCUCUCAUUUUUUCUCCCCCUUCACCUCUCAUCUAUCUUCAACACCAUUCCUAAACACUCUUUGUUGUUUCUAUAAGGUUUUCUUCUUGAAAUGGAGUAUGAGAAUCGGUUCAGACAAGCUCAAAGACAAAAAUAUGAUUGUCUUCUUUUUGAUUUAGAUGAUACUUUGUAUCCCCUAAGCUGUGGUAUUGCUAAAGCAUGUGGCCAAAACAUUAAAGAUUAUAUGGUUGAGAAGCUUGGCAUAGACAGAAGCAUAAUUGAUGACAUGUCCAACCAUCUUUACAAAAACUAUGGAACAACUAUGGCUGGUUUAAGGGCAAUUGGAUAUGACUUUGACUAUGAUGAGUAUCAUAGUUUUGUUCAUGGGAAAUUACCAUAUGAGAAUUUGAAACCUGAUCCAGUUUUAAGGAACCUCUUGUUGAGUCUACCUUAUAGAAAACUAAUCUUCACAAAUGCAGACAAAGUUCAUGCAGUUAAGGCACUAAGCAAGCUUGGAUUAGAAGAUUGUUUUGAAGGAAUUAUAUGUUUUGAGACACUUAAUCCUAUCCACAAAAACACUCUAUCUGAUGAUGAUGAAGAUGACAUUGAGUUUGUAGGUUCAACAACCAAUCAUACAACAAGUACAAGUGCUAGUAUUAGUAACUUGCAAAUAUUUGACAUCAUUGGCCAUUUUGCACAAUCCAAUCCAACUCAAGCUUUGCCAAAGACUCCAAUUGUUUGCAAACCUUCAGAAUUUGCCAUUGAGUUGGCUCUCAAGAUUGCUAAUCUGGACCCACAAAGAACUUUAUUCUUUGAGGAUAGUGCUAGAAACAUACAAGCUGGAAAACGUGUAGGACUUGACACAGUGCUGGUUGGAAAAUCACAGAGAAUUAAAGGUGCAGAUUAUGCCUUAGAAAGUAUCCACAAUUUAAGAGAGGCAGUGCCAGAAUUAUGGGAAUCUGAACUUAAAUCAGAAGUUGCUUAUCCUAGUAACCUUGCUGUGGAGACAUCUGUGAAUGCUUAAUUAGGAUUAAUUAACUAUUUAAUUACAAGGAAUUAAGCUACUUAAUUAUUGAUGUCAAAAUGAAAAAUUCAGAAGAAAAAAAAAAGAUUCCCAUUGUUGAAUUGUAGUAAUUGUAGUUGAUGUAGAUGUAAAUGUUUUGAUGCUAUUAUAAUAAAGUAUUAUUAAGUUUAUGUUUAUGUUUA